AUGUCAGCAAUAUGUCAGAGUAAUCCUCUGAAGCAGUUUGUGGCCAAGAGUGAUCAGCUCCGUGCGAGCGGGUUCGGUCAAGUCAGUCGUGCGGUGAACGGCGGGGCAGCUACGGCGCGCGCAAACACGCUGGAGCCUCAGUUUGGCCUUGAUGAAUCGCAGAAUUUGCUGAUGCGUGUGGAGGCGCCCGAAACGAUGCCGCUUGGCGGCAGAGCUGGAGCCAGCGACACCUGGGUGCGUCAGUUUUCGUCAAUGCAGCUUGACGAUCCGCUUGCUUUCAGCAACGAAUACAAAAAUUUUUACGACUCCUACGAGAGACAGCAGCAGCAGCGGCCUGUAGAGACGCACAUGUCCACACGGGAACUACCCAGAGGCAUGUUGGAGCGGCGCAACCUGGUACUCCCCGCGAUGAGCCUUCCUCCGCGCAACAUGGACGGGUACUUCGACGAGGAGUUCGACAAUGUGGAAAAGGAGCUGCAGGACGAGGCUGCGCGUGCAACAAGCCCCCUAGAGCCCAGCGAAAUGGACGUAGACGUGUCCGUGACGCUUGACGAGGAGCAGCAAAAAUUCCAGCAGGCAGCCUCCGACAUAUACUCUUGUCUAGCAUCCAGACCCUCCGCUACGACGGGUUUUUCUUCUUCGAACAACUUUCAAAUGGAGUCGAAGAUGCAGAGAUCCAAGUUUUUGGGUCUGAUGAGAAGCAUAAGUGACGGGGUCGUUACUUUGAAGAAGAAUGAUGGGCAUGAUAAUGCCUACAAUGAACUUUACUCCCCCACUACCGGUGAAGUCGUGGGGAACGAGUACUUCCAUGUGCAAGAAGGAACUCAGGACCGCUCAGGUCACUAG